AUGAAGCCUCCAGGUCAAAAGUACGACUCCCUGAAUUUUUGGGGAUAUCUUGCGCCAGCUCCACCCAUCGAUUUUUUGGAGUAUGCGAGCACGAAUGUGGACGUGAUGAUGAUGGGGACGAAUCUGGAUCAAGAGAUGUAUCUGGCAUUCAAGGGCGCGAAUUUCCGAAUGGAUGUAUCGAGGCAGGAAUUUUACAAAGUGCCGAGGUUCAUGGAUGCCAUGUUGGCACAAUGGAUGGACGGAGAAAGAGAAAUCAAGGAAAUUCGAAUUUCUGGUGGCCCGGAUACCCGGGGAUUGGAGAAUAUGUCCGGUCAGAUGGUACGAGACUACGUG